AGUUAAUUCUUUUUUUUUGGUAGGAUUGCAUGUUUGAGAGACAGUGAGAGAGAGAGAGAGAGAGAGAGAGCGAGGGAGGGAGGGAGGGAGAAACGAUGCCCUCUCCUUGAGGAGCAAUAAUAGGAAGGCGACCGACACGAAGAUUCAUAAACCAUAGGAAAAGAGAGAAAGAAAGAAAGUGGGAGGGAGAGGGGAAGGAGGAGGUGAGCGACACCAACAUGGGAUGCUCCUUCUCGGGUCUGAACGCCUUCUAUGACGCCGUCAACGGGGGCGGAGACGUUUGGAUCAACGAGAACCGCUUCCGGAUCGUCAGGCAGCUCGGCGAGGGCGGCUUCGCCUACGUCUUCCUCGUUAAAGAGGUCGUCGCCGAUGGCGCCGCUGGCCUCGCCCGCAACAAGUCCAUCGAUCCCUCCCACAUCUCAGAUCAUGGAACAUAUGCGAUGAAGAAAGUCAUCAUACAAACAGAGGAGCAGUUGGAGUUGGUUAAGCAGGAGAUCCGUGUCUCCUCCCUGUUCAAUCAUCCUAAUUUGCUUCCCCUCCUCGAUCAUGUAGUCAUUCCUGUCAAGGGCACGCAAGACGGAUCACGGAAACAUGAAGCUUACUUAUUGUUCCCAGUUCAUCUAGAUGGAACUUUACUUGACAUAGCCAAAGUCAUGCAAUCAAAGAAGGAAUUUUUUACAACAACUACUGUUCUUCAGAUUUUCAGACAGCUUUGUGCUGGUCUUAAGCACAUGCACAGCUUUGAUCCUCCGUAUGCUCAUAAUGAUGUGAAACCUGGAAAUGUACUCAUUACACAUAGGAAGGGACAACCACCUGGUGCUAUUUUAAUGGAUUUUGGAAGCGCUCGCCCUGCAAGAAAAGAAAUCCGUUCAAGGUCAGAGGCAUUACAGCUACAGGAUUGGGCUAGCGAGCACUGCUCUGCACCUUUUCGAGCUCCUGAAUUGUGGGACUGUCCGAGUCAUGCUGAUAUUGAUGAGAGGACUGAUAUAUGGUCUCUCGGAUGUACUUUAUAUGCAAUAAUGUAUGGAGCAUCGCCAUUUGAAUAUGCAAUUGGUGAAUCAGGAGGGAGCCUACAGUUAGCUGUUAUGAAUGCACAGAUAAAAUGGCCAUCUGGGCCGGAUCCUCCUUACCCCGAGAGUCUUCAUCAGUUUAUAGUAUGGAUGUUACAGCCUCAACCAGCAGUGCGACCGAAGAUUGAUGAUAUAAUCGUUCAUGUCGACAAGCUCAUAUCAAAAUACUCAUCUUAAGACACAAGAAAUUGGUUGAUGGGUCAGACUUUGUAAUUUGUCAUUAGUUGCUUUAAUGAGAUAACGAUUUACAUAUUGAUGGACAGCCCAUAUUUGGCCUUCUAUCUUCAAUAUAAAUUAUUAAAUUUGAGUCGUUCA